AGAUGGUGCCAUUUUCCUACCAUCUCGGCCCGUCAAGAUAUGGAGUUGCAGUGGUCGCUGGUGGUGCCCUCACAGACGCUUCAUGCGUUGGCCGUCUUAGGCUAUGACGGUGAUGCGUGCUCGUUGUACGACUUGACGAAUGAGGGGAAGGCGAAGGUGACGGUGCUGUGGAGCAGUCAAGGCAAUGAGCAGAUGGAGCCGUUGCGUGCCGUGGUGGGUCGCUCUCGGAUCUUCCUCCUGGCUGACAGCAAGAAGAUUGACAUCUACAAGUUUGAUGGCGCACACGUUGGAGAGCUGGCAGGAAGUCAGGUCAACGAGUCAGAAACAGAGAAGCUUGACCUGCUUCAUGAUGCUACAGACAUGUUCUUGGCGGAGGAGAUGCUAGUCGUCGAGACUUCCGCCAGCUUGCUUGUGUGGGACCUUGCUUUGGGCUCUCCACUUUGCCGCAUCCCUCCCACGCAAGAUCACCUGGCUGUUCCUCCAAACAAUCCAAACAAGGAAGGAUCGUUGCAAGGACGUCCCUGUGGCCGCGGCGUUGUUGCAACAUGGUUUGAAGAAGGAGGCCAAGAUGUCCAAUUCUGGGACAUGCAAGCUUCGCCGUGUUUGCUUAUGCGCUGGGCUCCAGUGCUUGCAGAUGACCAAUGCACAUUGGUGACUUUUGGUACAUCGCAAAUGGAGCGACUUCUGGUAGCCAUCGAUUCGUCCAACACAGUGCAUGUGGCACUGAUGACAGAGGAUGCCGGGGCGGGCAUGAAGCCAGUCGACCUCUACUCCAUCCAGCUGUUUAGUUUUCAACGCUCGAAUAUUUUAUCCUGCUCCAUCGCAGUCAGGUGUGGUGUGUUGGCCUUUGUGGAAGCUGCAGAUCUGGAAGCGCAAUACCGUUUACUCCAUGUCUGGCAGCUGCUUGCCCGUGCUUGA